CAGACUUUGAUUAAUUGAAAACCCAUUUUGUUCAUUGAGCUUUUGCCUUGUGAAAUUUGCUCUCGUCCUUGGUGGACUCCAAUCGCUUUGAGUGUGUAUUUGUGUCAAUCAAGCAUUCCCCCUUGAUUGUGGUCAACCUUCUACCCUACAUUGAUAGAGCCAUCUCCCACAUGUGAGAUUGCACCUCAAUUCUGCAUUAUCCCUAGUUUUAAUUCAUGUUUUAGACUGUGUGAUUUUGAUAACUACCCGCACCGGUUUCGUGCUCGUAUCAUGAUUGAUCCUUUGUUGACAUUGUGGCGAGAAGGCUAGUUGUGAUCUACCAGACCGUUGUACUCGCCACUGUGGUUCGAGGAUUGAUAAAAGCAGCAACAAAAGAACUUAUCAUGAAUGAUCCCCGAUACAAUGUCAAAUCGAUUGAAUUACUCCAAACACAAUCGAACUCAAUGUAUAUUCAUGAAUGCAUGAGUAUCCAUAAGUCCAUAAACAUAAUUACAAAUAAUUUCUCCCAUCAUCCAAACCCAAACCGUAACUUGUUCAAUUCAUCAAUUGCCAUCCUUAUUGUCAGGCUUAGUACCUCGAUGGCUAUGAAGCUUCUAAUGGAAGGGGAAUUCUUUAGUGACUUGUGAAAUCCGCGGCGUAAGGUAUCGCCUGACGUGGGGCUUUCUCCGGUAACGUGGCCAACUGAACUGGGAACGUUCCUUGCUUCCAAUUUCUCUGCGGAAGAACAAGAGAGAGGAGAAAGGCAGGCACCAGAUCCAAAAUCACCCCCAAUUACUUCUUCUAUCUCAAAAACCCUAAUAAAACGACACCAAUCCUAAGUCUUCGCAUUCGGCAAAACGCCGGGUUUCUCUCGUUUGCAACACAGUUAAAGAGAAAUGGCGGCGGUUCCUGUGGCCAGGUUCCCCAUCUUCAUCGUGGUCCGGCUGCUUGGGGCGAUCGUCGCCGGCUUGGUUCUGACGUGGACGGUACAUUACAGGGGAGGAUUGGCUCUCGUCUCCGACAACAAAGAUCUCAUCUUCAAUGUUCAUCCAGUUCUUAUGGUGAUCGGGCUACUACUCAUGAAUGGUGAAGCCAUGUUGGCCUACAAGACAGUCCCAGGAACAAAAAACUUCAAGAAACUCGUGCAUCUCGCGGUGCAGUUUCUCGCCCUCUUUCUGAGCUUGAUCGGUGUGUGGGCAGCACUGAAGUUCCACAACGAUAAGGGCAUUGACAACUUCUACAGUCUCCACUCGUGGUUAGGUCUUGCAUGUGUUUUCCUCUUCAUCGUUCAGUGGGCAGCUGGGUUUGUGACCUUUUGGUAUCCAGGUGGUUCGAGAACCAGCAGAGCGACUUUGAUGCCAUGGCAUGUCUUUUUCGGAGUCUUUAUAUAUGCGCUUGCUAUUGUUACAGCUACAACUGGUCUCUUGGAGAAAGCCACGUUCCUUCAAGUGAACAACGUGAUAUCACGUUAUUCAACUGAAGCUCUGAUGGUGAACUCAUUGGGAGUCUUGAUCGUCAUUCUUGGUGGCUUUGUUGUUCUGGCGACGAUAAGUCCUCUUCACGGCAAAGCAGAAAUGCCCAGGAACGCCACUGAUUAGGAACCACACCUUGAAUCGUCCUGUAGAUCGAGGCUCGCCUACUGCACAUAACAUACCGGGCUUCACUACAGGAGCCUCUAGCACCAUUCUGCAUUUGAUAGCUGUGUGAAUGCUGGGAAAGUGAGGUUAACUCACUCGGGCUUACACCGAAAUGCUAUUUAAGGAUGUGCAGA